AUGUUGGUGCUGCAGAGAGCAGUGGGCUUCCGACUCAGGGUCACGCUCGGGCCUCGGCUUCCGGCGGUGACCGCCAGCCGGAGCCCCGGCGUGCGGAUGACCCAGUCCAGGCUCACAGUGUCGCGUUUGGCCCAUAUGUCGGUGGGUUCGGUGGGGGAGGGGGAGCCUAGCGAGGGCACCCCGCUCGCGUCUGAGAAUGCGCGUGGGCCCGGGGAGUCGGGAGGCCUCGGUAUGGUGCCGGUGCGGUCGCCGUGGGGCAGGGGCGCGGGCGGGGGGGCAAGUGCGCCCGCAAGGUCCAACGCCAAAGAGGAGGCGAGGAGGGAGGCCACCAUUUGGCAAGCCAAACAUAAUCAGACACUGUGGGUACUUCGGGGGCAGCGGGGGCCGGAGCCCGGGCCACAAAAGGAGGACCUGCAGGGUUUGAUGGGCGAUAUCAUUCAACUCACCGGCGACGUCCUCGCCCAGAUGCGUGCGUUUUCGGCUUUCAAUGUCAAGAGCUUCCGGCCCGCGGGGGUCGCCCGCACGUCGUCUAUUGCAGACAACUUCGACGUAACGUGUGAGGCGGUGAUGCGGCUGUUGAAGCUUGGCCUCGAUUCGUCCACGACCGCGGGUGCGCAAUCGUUGCAGCGGUUGGAACCUAUCGCCACAGCCAUGGCGGACGCGCGGUCCAGCUUUCGGACUACUCUCGUGCGGAACUGUGAUGUGUUUCCGGACGAGUACCAGCGGGUGGCACUGCCGCGGUUGCCGAACGAGGACUUCAAAUUGUGGACAACGGCAAUCAUCACCUGGAUGUACCCCUUCACGAAGAUGCAUUCUCCGCCGGAUGCGUUCGACGGCCACACCUUGCCGCCGGUGCCCGAGUUCUCCAACAUCACGAACUUUUGUGAACGGGGGGCGAACCUAUUCCGGCUGAUCCUGAGUGAAGGGGGAUCCAUCCCCGGGACAGGAGGGUCGCGGGGCGGGAGCGGCAAGCGUAAGGCGGGCCAACUGGACCGGAGUGAUUCAUCGUCACGGAAGCGCGUCUCGAGGGAGUGCUUGCAGUUCCGCGACUCUGGCACGUGCACUUUCGGCGACAUAUGCAGGUUUGAGCACGUCAAGCGCCGAGACUCGUCUACCGGAAGUGGCGGUGGUGGGGGCGGGAGUCGUGGUGGAGGGGGGCGCUCGUCUGUUGGUGGUCAGGGGGACGGCGUCUCCCGUGGAGGAGGACAGGCUGACGGUGGCGACGGUGGCGGCUCGUCGUCGGCCGUGGUGGUGCGGGGUGGCAGCAACUAGGGGUGCGGGCUCCGCCAGCUGGCGGGGCCAACUCCUGUGUCGACCCAGCUGAGAGGCCGCAACAGCAGCCAGGUCAUAGGGAGAUGGCGUCCCGGGCCUUGGCCGUCGUGGGGAUUCGAGGCGAGCGCUGCGAGGGCUUGCCCGGAGUGGCUUCCGACUUGGAAUCAGGUACGAGGCCAAGUUUUGAACAGGUUUCGCCGUGUGAGGUUGAAGAUUGGCGUGUGGCUUUGUCUGCGUUGGCUGAGUGUGAAGCUGCAGAACGGUAUGUCCAUCUUCACCAUGUGGCGCAUGUGGGUUCAAACUUGCUUCGACGGUGUGGGGGACGCGUGGAAAGGUUCGUCGCCGCUGUUGGCAAGAAGUUAUUUCUGCCCCAUGCCGAUGUGAUGCGUGUCAAGGCACAUUUUGGGAAUGUGAAAAAGUUUCCCCGAGUUGAUCAACUUCUGAGAUCGUUGUCUCCGGGUGUGCCGGUUGACGUGGGCUCAGGUGGGAACCUCGACGCCGAAGUGGCGUACGGCAACCAUCCUAGCGCGUUGCUGCACAGAGAUCGGAUCGCAGACAAAGUUGUAUCGGACGUGAUAUUGGGGAGUGCGCUGAUGUUUGAUGUUCAGUUUAUCCGAGAAAUCCUAGGAAUCAGAGUGUCGCCGUUUGGCGUAAUCGACGAACCGAAGUUCAGAAUUAUUCACGAUCUCACUUUCACCUCUGGCGUGCCAAUCCGUACGAGCGUAAAUCACGAUACGGACUUCGAUCAAGCACCUGAAUGCCUCUUGGGUCAUGUGUUGAGUGACAUUCUGAAGCGGGUGCCGUAUUUGCGACAAGUACACGGGGUGUCGUUGGGAAUUCUGAUCUGCCGCAUUAUUGUCAAAGAAGCCUUCCGUCAAAUCCCGGUUGAUUCGUCUCGGGCAUCGGUUUUUGGGUACACGAUCGGAGAUCACGCGGUUGUUGACCUACGGUGUCAAUUUGGAUGGCGGUCGAGCCCAGGGUUUUGGUCCUUGUUCUCGUCCGCCUUGGAACACUCACACACACACACACUACAUUUCAGGAAGCGUCCGUUUCUCCCGCCGGUGCUGCGGCUGUGCAGCAUGUUCAAGUAGUGUCCUCACCAGACGAAAGUACAGCGAUGCCGCUACCUGCUGAUUGCCAGACUAUUGUGGGUGACGGGGCGUUUGCUGGUUCUCCGUUUUUCGUGCAAUACUACGUUGAUGAUGGUGUGUUGAUUGAAGGGCGAUUUUCGCUGAUGGUCGCCGAUGUCUGCGCGCGGUGCGUUCUCUCGCUACGGAUCACUUUCGUCUGCUGGGAGAGAGAGGCCCAGCAGACCCGCCGUUCUUGUCACGAGGAAAGAUCACCGAUUUCGCUACCCGUCUGGAUGUGUUGGGUUGGACAUUGGACACUCAGCAACUCACGAUUACUAUGACCGACACGAAACAGAAACUGGGACGCAUUUUGGCUGCGUGGCCCGCGACGCGGA